CAGCUCGCGGGCGGAAACUCGGUCAAAAAUCGAUCAAAAAUUCAGGCGGCGCCGAACCGCGGCCUCGAUCCUGUUGCGGAUACACGCGAGCGACGCGCGGCGCGGAUCGGCGUUGAACAGCGCGAGUAAAAGCGGGAGAGAAAGAGAAAGAGAGAAAGAGAGAGGAACACACAGUGUACACCGCUCGUAUGGAAAAUUUCGAUCGAUUAUUAACAGCCGGCGGUGUCUAUUGAAAUUCACGCGAUUAGCGGCGGUGAUACGAAGUACAUGUAAACUAAUUUCGGCCUGUACAAGCUGCGCCGGCCGCGUGUUUAAUCAUUCUCCGCGGCUCGUCAUUAUCUUCCGGCGAUUUGCGGGAAUUAAUUAGACCGGCGCGACGCGGCCGUGCCUUUGUGUUUCCCUUCGCGCGUGUGUACUGGCACUUCGGAUAUUUUCAUGGAAAUCAACCGGCGGACAUCGAAGUGCGCCAUCAUCCGCUCCGCCCGUCGCCGUUGUCCUUGUUGUUCUUCGCUGGAUGCGCCGGAGAGUGAAACCCAGGCGCAUCCGUGACAGCGGCCGACUCCGCCGGUGGAACAGGAUCAGAAGGAAAAGUUUCUCGGCUGUUCCCAGGGAUUACCUUCCCCAUCGUCGGGCAUGGGUUGCUGCGGCUGCUCGGACGAGACCUCGUCCAAAGUGGAGCCCACGACGCCAGAAAACCAGGGCACGCCGCCGACCAGACACUCGGAACAGGUUUUCGUCACCGAUCGAUCCUGCACCGACAUCCUCACUUUGAUCGUUCUGAUCGCUCUCGCAGCCGGUUACGCCUUCCUGGUGAGCAACACGGUGAAUAAAGGGGACAUCUACCGCGUUAUAAAUGGCUACGACGAUUGUGGAAAUGUUUGCGGUCGUACCAAUACCAAGGAGACUGAUCCCCAGUUCAGUUGCAAGGGCGUCGACAAGACGAGAGACCGGUAUCUGCUGAUCACCGUGGACCAGUACGGGGUGAAGUCACGCAGCUGCACGACCAACUGCUCCGAUCAGGUAGUGUUCCUGAAUCGAUGCGUGCUGAAGCAAGCGACCGAAAGAGACAGCUCCAUCAUCAAGAAACUUGGUUUGGAAAAUUUCUACAAGGUCGGUAGCAACAUUUUCAGUAAAAGUCGAGUACAAGAAGCGUCGAGGGACCUGACUGUCGCAUGGCGGGAAUUGAUCUACCUGCUGCUUAUAGCUUUAGCUAUCUCCCUCGGAAUCUUAAUUGCGUUCCGGUAUGUGGUGCAGUGGGUCGUUUACAUUGUCUUAAUCGGCGCCAUUCUCGCCUGUAUCGGUGGCUCGGCGUACCUCUGGCUCGCGUGGUACGCCGAGAAGAAGGCGGUCGACGCUGACCAAAUACCUGACGAGGAUUCCAGCCAGACGGCUUACUUCAUUUAUGCAGUAGCUUUGUCCACCGUCACUGUCAUCACGCUUCUGAUCGUCCUGGUGAUGCGAAAAAGAAUCGCCCUCGUGAUGCAGCUGUUCCGCGAAGCGGGGAAAGCGGUCUACGCGAUGCCGGCUCUGCUUCUCCAACCGAUAUACACCUAUCUGCUGAUCGGUUUCGUGGUGUGCGCGUGGGUGUACUGCAUGCUGUGGAUCGAGAGCGCGGGCAACAUCCACAUGAAGAAAAAUCAUGUCCACUUCGAGAAAGACGGCCUCUUGAUCGCGAGCAGGUGGUACAACUUGUUCUUCUUUUUCGUGACCUGCGAGUUCCUUCUCGGCUGUCAGCACGUUGUCGUCGCCUGCGCGGUUGCACGGUGGUUCUUCACCAGGGACAAGAAGCGGCUCUCGUUCGCUGUAACGCGCGGCUUCGGUUAUCUCGUGCGAUAUCACUUAGGUACGGUCGCGUUCGGCGCAUUGGUUAUUGGUAUAGUUCGGUUCAUAAGAGCGAUAAUUUCCUUCGUCCAAAAUCGCCUGAAGCAGUACGAUAACGACCUAGUGAGGGGAAUAUUGUGCUGCUGUCAAUGUUGCCUCUGGUGUUUCGAGUGCGCUCUGAAGUUCCUCACCAGGAACGCUUACAUCGAAACAGCGAUCUACGGGUGCAACUUCUGCACGGGAGGAAGGAAGGCGUUCAUUGCGUUGGGGAGCAACAUUUUAAGGGUCGCCGCCAUUAACAGCGUCGGCGACUUUGUCCUCUUUCUGGGAAAGGUUCUGGUCGUUACAUUAACGAUCGUCUCGGGCAUUUAUCUGGUGCAGAAAAAGGAGGGCCUGCACCAUCCGUGGGUGCCGAUAGCGGUGGCCGGGCUGUUCGCGUUCCUGGUGGCGCAUUGCUUCAUCUCCAUCUACGAGAUGGUGAUCGACACCAUAUUCAUCUGCUUCUGCGAGGACUGCGAGAAAAACGACGGCAUCAGUAGGCCCUACUUCAUGAGCCGUGGAUUAAUGGAAUUCGUCGAGAACAGCAAGAAGGCGCUGAAUUAUCUGGAUCACCCGCCAUCCAGCCCUCGUUCGUAAUACCUGAACCGCCGGUAUUCGAUGAAAACCAUCGGAGGGAUGCGAGGAACCCGCCCGCCUUCGAAGAUCCAGCGAGCAACACGGUUCACACUUGCAACUCCAGGCUUCGCACACCUCUUCCUGUCGCUGUGCUGCUCUUCCCGCGAGUUUUAAUAAACGGUCGGGGCGGCCCUCUCGGUUCUCAUUUACAUGUUGCCACGUGGAGGAAGUCUGCCACGAGCCGCGGACAAUUUUGAUCGACGUCUGACCUCCUUCCGUAUCUUGGCUCCCCGGGCAGGAAGAUGGAGAAGGAACUCGAGGAUAAGCGAGAUAAGCGGGCCAGGGGAAGGCUCGCUGCAGAAAAGACUGAUAAAAUUGGGAAAGCGUAUUGCAGCACGGAGGCUGAUCUAGCCGGAGAGGAUUCGGCGCGUUGCGAAUGCCGUACGCGGUUGCCGUCCCAAAGAAGUCACAACAAUCUUGUCGUUCAGUCUUCUUCUGGGUACACAUUCUGCUAAUUCGAACAGCGUCGUUACUUCUUGAGGAAGCUUGUUGGGACGGCCGGCCGACAGCCGAAGAAGGAAUCCGUCGACCUAGAUCCGGACAGCUCAAUUACUCAGUCAAGAGACGGUCCGGCAUUCUAUUCGGCCCGUUCUUUUCCUCCUCUCGGACGCCACACGCGCCGCCUCCGAAUGGUAGACAGGUCAAAUUGUCUGGGACUUAAGGUGUCCUCUCCGUGCCGCGGUACACGUAAGUUUUAGACAGCGUCGGUAACGCGCGCAUUGUUCUUCCAAACGGAGGACGAACAGCAUCGCUGCUUCUGUCGUUGCCUUCGACUCGCUGACCUCGGCUGAUCCGGCGGCGGCCGCAGCUUUCGAUUGCGUACAUCCGAACAAAAGCGUUCACAUUCCCAUAAACGAUGCUCCGCGAUCACCGAAGAGUUCUUGUAUUUUUUUAUAGCCGGUCGUCGCACAACGACGCGUUUAAGAUAGACUUAGGAACGCCGUUUCUAUACAUUUACUGCGUUUGGUAUCGUCGGCACCGCUACCGUCGCGCGGUGCCGUAUUUUACAUGUACGAGCAUGUGUUCCCUUGUUACACGACGCACAGAUAACGAUCAAAUUUACUUUCGAGCUCUCGACUUGUAGUAGACGAGCGGAUUCUACUUAAGAAACGAGUUUACUUAACGCGUGUACAUGUAUAUUGCGAAUAAUAUAAUAUAUGUGUGUAAUAAAUGUGCUUCGAAUCUUCGAUCGCUCUUGGAAUCGGUGUUUAGAAAUCUAGAUUAAAAUUCAAGAUCUGCAUCGGUGUCUUUAUAAAGUUUAAUAGGUGGAUUCGUGUGUUAAUGUAUGUCGAGUGUAACGAGGGAAUACCGUGCGAUUCGGAUAGCAGAGGCGGCGAGGAAUCGCCGCGAGAAGCGCGCGAAAUUGGCGAUAUUUUGUAAAAAAAAAUUUCGAACUGGACACCGUGGAUCGCCACAGGAACAGUUUGAAAGGCUGCCAGGAAUGGCGUGCGGUAUUAGAUCAAAGGCGAUAGCGCGAGCAAACCGCGCGGCAGAUACGCGGCGCGAUAAUGCGCGACUAUCCGGGUAAUUGCAGGUACAUCGAUCGCCAUGUUGUAUAUAGUUUUUCACGCGAGCCAGCCCACCAAUGAUGUGUUUCCUUCACACCGUAUGUCACACCGUUUUUUGAUAAUCGAUUCAUCCACGGCGAACAAACUUCAUUUCUGUACGCGGAAGCGCUCGUGGCUGCGUGUUGAUCAAAUACUUGAUAGUAUUACAAUUUUAAUAAAAAUCGUUUGAAAGUAA